CGCGGACUGGUUUCAGGGUUACACAUCAAGAUGGCGGCGCGCAUUAGAGCCUGUCCGAGUUGGCUUUGCUGGCGGGGAGGGCUGUACACGGAGCAGUAGAGUCGCACGUUCCUCUCAUUAAACCGGGACCAUGAAGUCGGAUAAUGGUGUCAAUAACGUUAGCAUCAGCACUGAGGUCUUCAAUGAAGUUGGCUUUGGCGACCACCAAGAAGAUCCUCCCACCUUCACGAAUGGCAUCAACCAACCUCUUACUGAACAAGCUGUGCCAAAAUUAGUUGGCUGGAAGCAGAAAUGUGCCAGCUAUGUCCUGGCCUUGCGUCCCUGGAGCUUCAGCGCCUCCCUCACCCCUGUGGCAUUAGGCAGUGCCCUCGCUUACCGCUCAGACGGCUCUCUGGACCUUGUGGUGUUUCUGAUGUGCGCUGUGGCCGUCCUAGCCGUGCACGGGGCCGGGAACUUAGUGAACACUUACUACGACUUCUCUAAAGGCAUCGACCACAAGAAAAGUGACGACAGGACUCUGGUUGACCAGAUCUUGAAGCCGCAGGAUGUGGUCCGUUUUGGGGUUCUCCUCUACACUCUGGGAUGUGUAUGCGCUGGCUGCUUGUAUUUCCUGUCUAAGCUGAGGCUGGAGCACAUGGCGCUUAUAUAUUUCGGAGGGUUGUCCAGUUCAUUCCUCUAUACUGGAGGAAUUGGAUUUAAGUACGUGGCUCUGGGAGACUUGGUGAUCCUCAUAACAUUCGGGCCCCUGGCAGUCAUGUUUGCUCACGCAGUGCAGGUCGGUUACCUGUCCAUCACUCCUUUGCUGUAUGCGGUGCCGCUGGCUCUGAGCACAGAAGCUAUCUUACACAGCAACAACACCCGGGACAUGGACUCAGACCGUCAGGCUGGCAUAGUGACCCUGGCCAUUCUCAUCGGCCCCAUGCUGUCUUACAUGCUCUACAACCUGCUCGUCUUCCUCCCGUAUGUCAUCUUCUGCAUUCUGGCCACCCGCUACACCAUCAGUAUGGCCUUGCCACUCCUCACCAUCCCCUUGGCAUUUUCUCUGGAGAGACAGUUUAGAAGCCAGAACUUCACCAGGCUCCCGCAAAGAACGGCCAAACUCAACCUAUUUGUUGGGCUCUUUUAUGUGUUUGGCAUCAUCUUGGCACCCCCCGGGACCCUCCCUAAACUCUAGUAAAGAUCAAGAAUUUGUGAACUAGAGCAGAGAACCUAAAAUUGCACUUGUGGGUGUUGGUCCGUGGGAUAACUACACAAUUUGUGUUUGAGGAGCAAGGACCACAGGGAUGAGUCUCCAGUUGCACUAUCCCCCCAUUCUGACAUUACCAUAUGGGGUUAUAAGAGACAACAGACAAGCCCGACAGCCUCACUGUGACCCUAAGACUCAUUCAUGUCAGAGCUGCUGCGUUUCAGUAAUCCACAUGUAAUUCUGUAUGACUUCAUGUUAUGACCUUUAAGCUUGGGACAUAAUCAACUCACCCUUCCCACUAAGUUCUUCAUUUUCUAUUAGUGAAUGACAGUUGUCUUUUUGCCAUUACAUAUGAAUAUACGAUCUGUGUACUACUUGGGCUACUUUCACACUUGCAUUAGGUGCGGAUCUGUCUUGUAUCUGCACAGACGGAUCCGCACCGAUAAUGCAAACGCUUGUAUCUGUUUGCAUUAUUCAUA